AUGUCCCGCAUUGACAGGGCUUCCCUGGUGGCUGUUGGUAAAGAAUCCGUCUGCAGUGCAGGAGAGCCCAGUUCGAUCCCUGGGUUGGGAAGAUCCCCUGGAGAAGGGAACGGCUUACCCACUCCAGUGUUCGGGCCUGGAGAAUUCCACGGACUGUGUAGCCCAAGGGGCUGCAAAGAGUCGGACAGGACUGAGCGACUGACCCAUCUCAUUACAGGCUCCCUGAUGCUUUGCAGAAACCAGCGCAGCACAGUGGGGGGAACAUAUAGGUAA